AUGGACAAGAACCGGAUUGUGCUGCUCCUGCACGAGGCCUGGAAAAAGCGAAAUAAUGCAGCGAGUUCUUCCGGUGAGGAUUUGCCGGAAAGCAUCCUACGGAUCGAAGAUGUGCGAGUUAGGCGGCUGUACAUCUUUUUUUACUUCACUAUUUGCACGCACCCGGACGCACAUCUCCUCCUGAUGAGCAAUAUCCGGGCCCUGGAGUCUCUUCCGCCCCCGGAAAGUCCGCCUCCUUCUGCGUGGGAGGCACCUUCUGGGGUGCUCAAUCCAGCACACAUUUUGGGGACUCCCCUAAGCAAGCUGUCCAAAGUCCUUGCAAAAAGCUACUCCCUGCAGGUCAUGCAGAAACUCCACGUUGUAUCGAAGUACGUGUGCGAGCAUGGCGAAAUCCCGCGGACUUUGAGCGACCUCUUGCGCCUUAAGUGCAUUAGCGAGUUCCACGCCCACCGAGUCAUGCACCACGCGUGGGGAGAGUGUGCAGGAAUCCCCCCAGCGAACACGAUAGUAAGAACUAUGUUUCGCCUGGGAUGGCUUGAAGAGCGUUUUUCCUCCAGCGGAAAAAGAGCAAAUAUGCGGAUGAGUGGAGAGCGUGCAAGGGCUGUGCAGAAAAGCAUGGAGAACGCAUUUUCGCAGAAACUCUGGAAAUUCAUCACCCCUUCGUUUAACUAUCACGGGUACACUGUAUGCAAGGAGGCAGAUCCCCAGUGCGACCGAUGCAUGCUAAACAGUGUAUGCCCCUCCAGCAGCGCCCCGAGCAAGUACAUGGUCCCGCUAAAGUACCCGGAGGAGGAGUACGAUCUUUCCGACAUGGAGCAGGAGAGCUCCAGGGAGUCCGCGUGUUCGCUUAUGUCGGAGAGCCUAACAGAAGAAGAAGAUAUGUCAGACGUGCGCGGCGGAUAA